AAACUGGAUAUCUUUGCUUCAGGGAGAGUCUUAAUUAGCAUAAUAAUCCUUGAAAAACCAGUUUUUAAGCAACUAAGAAUGGAGAGCCUUAAAAAAGGUAUAUCUUCGUUCCAGAAUGAUUUUUGUACGUAAUGUUGUUAGUGUUUUGAUAUGGCUUUACCGUUUAUCUAUCAAGCGCAAACUAUUAUCGCAGAGGGACGAACGUCCCAAAUGGAUGUUGAUACUAUUAGGAACUGGUUACAAACAACAUCGCUUCCACUGCUGCAGGAUGAAUUUAUUGCGAUAUUUUUAAUAUCAAGUGAAAAUAAAGUGGACAAGACGAAACAAAUAAUCGAGGCUUAUUUCAGAAUUAAGAAUGGAUCUCCACACAUUUUUAACAACAUAGAUGUCCACAGUGAACAAAUAAAAAAUAUGCAAAAAGUCUUAGGUUUGUGUCUAGUUCCUAACAGAAUGGACACUAAUUCGGCUGUCGUAUGUGCAAAGUUAAUUGACACAAAUUACCGUAGUUUCGAACUUAUAGCUGCGUUAAAAUUAUCUUUCUCGCACCUACAUUUGAUGCAAAUUGAAAAUCCUCCAAACGAUUUAGUCGUGGUGUUUGAUCUGAAAGGGGUUGGUUUCAUGCACAUGACGUGUCUUAAAAUGGAAGUCGUUGUUACAUAUCUGAAAUAUAUCCAAGAAGCAUUGCCUAUUAAAAUAAGGGCGAUCCAUAUUUUAAACAGCAACUACAUUUUUUCUCGAAUUCUUGAAUUGUUUAAAAUGUUCAUGAAAAGCGAACUGUUAACCCUGUUUCAUACACAUUCUCCAGGAAUGAAACUUGAAAAGUUUCACGAAGAGUGGGUGCCAGCAGCUUGUUUACCCAAAGAAUAUGGUGGCGAGAUAGCCUUUGAAAAAUUGAUGAAUCAAACGAAGAAGGGCAUUAAGGAAAUUCAACCAUUUUUGGACGCAGAAGAACAGCUUAGAAAAUGCAUAUAAGUUUUUUGUUUCGUUGUUUUUAAGUGUCCUAGGGAAAAUUUCUGGUGGUGAUGUUUUUGAAAAACAAUAAUCAAAAAAUAUUUGCAAA